AGAAGUCAAUGUCAAUGUCAUAAAUAUGACAUCACCUUUGUUGACAAACGUUCAUGAUGUUUUAUCCUCGGAAUCGGACAAAAACUGUUAUUUAGUCCAAGGCAAUUACCAAUAUUAUCAUUACGGGUGUGAUGGUUUUGACGAUAGGGGCUGGGGAUGUGGGUACCGAACUCUUCAAACAUUGUGUUCCUGGUUAAAUCAAAACUAUAAGAGUAUAAAUAGAGUACCGUCUAUAAAGGAAAUUCAAGAAAUCCUAGUAGAAUUAGAAGAUAAACCCAAAAGUUUUUUGGGAUCAAGACAAUGGAUUGGUAGUUUUGAGGUAUGCCUAGUUAUUGACAAGCUGUAUGAUGUUCCAUGCAAAAUUGUUCAUGUCAAUAAAGGAGAUGAGCUGGAGAAGAUAACGGAAACUUUGAAGGUUCAUUUUACUAGUUUUGGAAGUCCUAUUAUGAUGGGUGGAGAUGUGGACUGUUCAUCAAAAGGUGUUAUGGGAAUUACUGUGUCUGAAAGAAGCAGCAGUCUAUUAAUAGUGGAUCCACAUUAUUUUGGGAAAGAACAGUCCAAGGAAUACCUGAAGAACAAAGAUUGGGUAAAAUGGCAGCCAUUAAAUGACUUUUUGAGUUCAUCUUUCUACAAUCUUUGUUUGCCACAAGUAAAGUGCUGCAAGUAAAUAAUAAAAGGAUUUUUUUUUAUA